UUUGUUUGGCUUCUCCGGGCGCUGUCUUCCAACUAGGUGGAGGGAGUUAGCUGCUGGAUGAUGGAAGAGGAUGAUGAUGCAAAGCUCAACGAAGAAAUAGAAGCUGAAUUGGACAAAAUCAGCAUUUCUUCUUUGGAAAAAGAUGAUGUAGAUAGUGAUUCAAACUCAGAAACCCAGAGUGAUGAGAGUGAUGCUGACUUAGUUGAAUUACCGGAGUCAGUUCUUCAGUGUAUUAACAUCAUAAAGAAUAAGAGUAAAACUGCUGAAGAGCUCAUUCUUCAGGACUUAGAAGAUACUGAUGUUUUAAGCUACACUUAUGGAGCAGUUUCUAAUAAUCAUAUGCACUUAAGGGUAGAAUUAUCAACUGAAUAUAAAGAAAACUCAGAUCAAUUAAUGAAGAUAUUAUCUGAAAUAGAAAAAGGAGAAUUUCUGAGAAGUAAUACCCACUGUGACAGUCCUGAUGCUGUUCCAGAGCCUGGUCCUUAUGAACAUGUAGAUGAACAUAUUUUUCUAGAUGAUGGUGAAAUAAAUUUUGGAUACUGUGAAGUGGAAGAAAGAUGUAGGCAAUCUUUUGAGGCUUGGCAAGAUAAACAGAAAGAACUAGAAGACCAAGAGAAAGAAACUCUCAAAGCUCAGAGGGAAAGAGAAGAAAAGCAGUUUCAAGAAGAAGAAGAAAAGAGACAUUGCUGGAUGAAACAGUUUGAAAUUGAAAAGAAAAAAUUAGAGAAUAUUCAAAAGCAAGAACAGGCCAAGAUGAAUGAUGAAUGCCAAGAAGAAGAGAAAAUGUGGAAAGAGAAAUUUAAACAACAUGAGGAGUUUAUUAGGAAUUUGCAUUUACAAAUGGAAGAAGAAAGAACAAAAUUUAAAGACCUGCAGGAAAAAGAAAAAAUGCGUUUAUUAAAAAUGCAGCAUAAUGCAGCUGUAAAAAUUCAAACUAAAUAUAGAGCAUUUGUGGCCUACCGACAAUAUGGCCCAAUUAUAAAAGAACAAAUAGAAAAUAAGAAAAAAAAAGCACUAGAGUUGAAAGAAAAAGAAGCAAAAAUACGACAGAUGGAAGAAGAAAUACAAAAAAGAUUAGAGGAGGAAAAAAGGAGAGAAGAAGAAAUACAAAGGCAGAAGCAAGAGGAAAGAAAAAAGAGAGAAAAAGAAUAUGAAGAAAAAAAGAACAUCCUGAGACAAGAAAAAGAGCAACUACUAAACAAAGAAAAAUUAAGAUUAAAAGAAGAUGGAAGAAAACAGAUAAUAAUAAGUAGAGCAUUAAAAAAGGGAGAACAAAAUGCUACACAUUUAACUAUUGAAGAUAAAUCAAAGAAUAAGGAUGAAAUAGCCAAAAUGCUAGGAGAUGAAAAGUCAAAGAAGUGGGAAGCUGCUCCCCUUUGGCGAGAUGAAAAGUUGAAUAAGAGAGAGAAUAUAGAUAGACAAUUUGUACUGAAAGAAUCAAUAGGAGUGCAAUUAAAAGAAUCUAUAUCAAACCAAGAAAUUUUGGCAGAACUUAAAAUGGAAGAAAAAAAUGAAAACCAGGCCAAACAACAAUGUUCAGAGAAAUUGGUCAAGCAAGCAAGAAAAUAUGAAACUAUCGACCAUAAAACUGAAUUAGAAAACCCAGAUCUAAAGGAACAUGGGAAAGAACAGUUUCAGCUGCAAGAAUUAAUCCGUCCAAUACAAAAGGAAGUAACCAUGAAGGCUGCCGUAAAUGAGAAUAUAAAACAAGGAACCCAAAUAAUAUUAGGACACAGUCAAGAAAUUAAUGAGGUAAAAAACAAUGAGGCACAGAAAAUAAUCAAAGAUAAUCAACAGAGUAAGACACAAAAAGUAGAAAAAGAAGAAGUAUCACAACAGAAUGGAACAUUAUACGAAGCAGAUGACAGUUCAAUGAUUUCAAUGAAUCAAAAACUACUACCACUAACAAUAGAACAUUCUGAAUGUAUAGGUGAGAAUGUAAUACUUCAAGGAAAAGAACUUGAUUUAAAAUCUGAAGAAACUAAGGAGAAUCCAAAAGGCAGUGCUCUGAAUAGUGACUUAAUUAUUGAUGGUAGUGAUGCUCUGAUAAAUGUAGAAAGGAAAAUAAACAAGCAAAAUUAUAUUUUAGGUAGACAUGCUCCUUGUGAAGACCUGAGUGGCUAUAAUACAACAAACUCUUUGGUUCUUAAAGAAGUAAGCUCUCUAAAGUCUCAGAUUAAAGAAAUUUCAGAAGAAUGUCAUGAAAAUAGAGCUGAAUGUGAGAGUGUUGUGACCUGCUCUGUACCGGAGCCAACACUUCUAUCUUCUAUUGAAGAAAAGAGGCAAGCUUGGAUAAAAUCUGUUAAAUCCUGGUCAGACAUUUUCAAGCAACAUCAACAAAAGAAGAUUGUUAAGAGAAAGAGACUUGUGAAGUGUCCAGCCAACACGAUGCCUCCUUUGAAUACACUAGAAAUUCUUCAAUGUGGCCCAUGGAAUACUUUACAGCAGGUUACAAGAGUAACAUUUCAAGAUUUGCCAGGUUGUAGUCUUUCCACACUGGCAGAGUGUACCAAUCUUCAGUUUCUGUCUCUUCGACGCUGUGGAUUAAAUUCUUUGCAUGGCCUGAAUAACUGCAAAAAACUGAAGUACAUUGAUGUACAGGAAAAUAAUAUUGAGACUAUCGACUGUGAAAAUUUGGAAAAUCUCUGUGUUGUUCUUCUUAAUAAAAAUAAACUAACUUCUUUGCAUGGUUUGGAUGGCUGCACUAAUAUCCAAGAUCUUGAACUUUCACAUAAUAAAAUCACUCGAAUUGGUGGUUUAGAAUCUUUAAAAAAUCUUCAGCAACUAAUUGUGGACAACAAUCAGUUAAUUAGUACAAAAGGCCUUUGUGAUACUCCUACCAUUAUCUACCUGGAUUGCUCACAUAAUCAUCUUACUAAAGUUGAGGGUAUUGAAAACUGUGGAUUGCUUCAAAUACUGAAGUUACAGGGAAAUUACCUAAGUGAGAUUCCACCCUUGGAGAAUCAUGUUCUACUACGAGAAUUGUACUUGGAUGAUAACAGCAUUUCAAUUGUGGACGCAUGUUCUUCGUAUUGGCUGCCUUUGCUACAAAACCUGACUCUGUCUCAAAACAGCUUGACAAAAAUCACACCACUUUUUCAUUUUGUUUCUCUGGAAAAACUGGAUGUCAGCAACAACUGCCUUUCUGACAUGGUUUGAUGCAUAAAGUGGUUUGAUGCAUGCUAUUCUCUUCGUGAAUUGAAUAUCACUGGAAACCCACUUCUUCAAAAACAAAACAAAACACUGCAUUCUUUGCUUAAAAUGUUACCUGCUCUAAGAAUCCUCAAUGGUGAAACUCUAGACUCUUGUUCAAAAAGCCACAUUGAAGAACACUGUCAAUCAGAAUUAGGACGUUUCCUGUUACUUUGUCAGUCCCAGAUUACAGAAUUCAACUUACUAAUUGAAAACUAUAUUACUGGAAAAGGUAUGGCAGCUAAAGUAAUCCAGGCAUACUGGCGUGGUUACAUUGUGCGCAGACGGAUUCAUUUAUCUACAAAACUGCAUACUGCUUCAUCAGGACUCCUGAGAUCCCGGCCAGAGUCCGGCAUCAAAAAUCAAACUAUUUUAAAGGAAGAAAAAAUACAAAACACUGGGAAUAUCCAAGAACAGAUGGAAAAGGCUGCAAUUGUUAUUCAGGCGGUUUGGAAGGGCUUUCUUUUGCGAAAGAAACUGACAACAGCUCUAGAGGCUAUUAAGAAUGAAGAAUCUGAAGAAGAAUAUGAAGAAAUAGAUUUAGAGGAUUUUAAAUUUGAUGAAGCUGCCUUAGAGAAAGAAUGGCGAGCUUUAGAUCCCGCCUGCUUCCCUUCACAAACACAGCUUCUACCAAACCAGCUGCACUGGCCAAAGUUUUCUGGAACCUUAAACAAUGAUGAUACUUCACUUAAUUUACCAAGUCGUCCAGCUCAAGCAUGGCUAUGUAAUGAGAAAGAAAAUUUGUUUUCAUCGGAACACACACAGUUCAAUGGCAGAUCAGAAAGUAGCACUUUAUCCCAGGCACCUGAAUCAAAGACCAGCAGAAAGAGUUUGCUAAAAUCUGAAAUAGAGGAAAAAAUUUCAGAAGAAUGGGGCUUUAAGGAUAUUUCUACUGCUCAGCAAAUGCUGAAGAGAGCACAGAAAAUGAAAUCGAAGAAAUUAAGGAAAAAAUUAGAUGCCACAGUGCGCCUAGCAUUAUUCAAAAACAAUGAAAGUAAAGUUUCUGCUACACAAUCACCAAAGAAGCUACAACCCAGGAGACUUGGUUACUUUGAAGGUAUGUUUUAAUCACAGAUUCAUAGAAAGGAUACCAAGGCACAUGAAAAAUUAGAAAGGAGUAAGGAAUAUAUAUAUCAGUGGCUUCACACACAGGUUGGAGUUCAUGAAACAACUAGUUCCAGAGAUUUGAAAUGCAAUCAUUUCUUGCCUGAGUUAGAUCCAAAUGUACUUAAUGGUGGAAGAGUUCAGCUUGUGGCAAGACUUGUAAGCAGAGAAGACACGGAUUUAGAGCUUUUUUCCAUGACCAGUGGAAGUGCUUUGUCUGUGAAGAAGGAAAAAAAAAAUCAGGCACACAGACACUCAGAGGGAUCUUCAAGUAAGUUGUGGUUUCCUUCAGAAUUAAUUUAG